CACCGCACACUUGUUGCUUCUUUCUUGGACAGAGCGAACGGUGAUGUGGAUAAUAUAUUUGUGGCUUGAUUCAUCGUUAGUUUGAUCGAGAAUAAAACAUCGCUUAGGAUUACAAGUCAAGUGAAUCAGCCGAUCGGCUUCGUCUCCGGUAGACGUACCAAAAGCAUGGCCACCUUGUCGGGCGUCCCGAUGUAAUAGACAUUUUAGACAGCGAGGAAGCGAUGACCCAAAGAGAAGAUGCUCUUAAGUUCGAAACUGCGCGCAUCAAAGCGCUGCAGGAAGAGCGACUACACAUCCAAAAGAAGACCUUCACCAAGUGGAUCAACUCCUUCCUGUCAAAGGCUCGGAUGGAGGUGGAAGAGCUUUUUACAGACUUAUCCGACGGAAAAAGACUGCUGAAGCUGCUUGAAAUCAUCUCUGGCGAGCGCUUAGGAAAGCCGAACAAUGGGCGUAUGCGAGUGCACAAGAUCGAAAAUGUGAACAAGAGUCUCGCCUUCCUCCACACAAAGGUGAGGCUGGAGAGUAUUGGCGCCGAGGACAUAGUGGAUGGCAACCCUAGACUCAUUCUCGGCCUCAUCUGGACCAUAAUCCUUAGAUUUCAGAUCCAAGAGAUUGAAAUUGAAGUUGAGGAGGACAAUGAGUCAAGUGAAAAGAGAUCCGCCAAGGACGCGCUUCUGCUGUGGUGCCAGAGAAAAACAUCAGGCUACCCUGGAGUCAAUAUACAAGAUUUUUCAAAUUCAUGGCGUUCUGGUCUGGGCUUCAACGCACUCAUCCAUUCUCACAGGCCAGACUUGAUUGAUUUCAACAAAUUAUCUGCGGGCAGACACAUUGACAACCUGAAUUAUGCCUUCGAUGUGGCGCAAAAUGAACUGGGCGUGCCGAGAUUGCUCGACGCUGAAGACAUCGACACCCACCGACCAGAUGAAAAAUCCAUCCUUACCUAUGUGGCCUCCUAUUACCACACUUUUGCCAGGAUGAAGACGGAAAUGAAGUCUGGAAAAAGAAUUGCUAAUAUCCUGGGCCAAGUUUUGGAUUCAGAAAAGAGGAAGGCUCGAUAUGAACUUCUUAGCUCAAAUUUGCUUGAUUGGAUCAGAACCCAGAUAGCAGAGCUCAAUGACCACUCGUUCCCUAACUCUUUAGAGGGCGUUCAAAGUUUGAUGCUUGCCUUCAAACAGUACAGAACACUGGAAAAACCAAUGAAAUACCAGGAGUUGAAUGAAAUUGAGAUGCUUCACUUCCACAUCAAUACCCAGCUAAAAUCCCUGCAGCAGCCAUUAUUUGUUCCUCUGGAUGGUCAGCUCAUUCAGGACUUACAGCGAGCUUGGGAAAAUCUUGAAAAGGCUGAAAAUAGGAGAGAGACUGCGCUUAGGACAGAAUUGCAGCGGCAAGAACGAUUAGAGCAGCUUGCUUAUAAAUUUGAGAGAAAGCGAAUCUUGAGAGAUGGAUAUCUAAAGGAGAUGAUUCAAGUCCUUUCUGACCCCCGAUACGGAUCCAACUUGGCUCAUAUAGAUGCCACUGUGAAAAAACAUGAGGCUAUCAGUGCAGAUAUUCAUGCCAGGGAAGAGCGAUUUAAUGAUUUGACUAACAUGGCUGAAGAGCUAGUGAAAGAAAAAUACCACGGCUGUGAACAAAUUGUGGAAAAGGAGCAAGAGGUUAUGAAAAGAUGGAAAGAACUUCUUGACCUCUUGGACAAACACAAAACGUCCCUGGCAACCAUGUCGUGGCUUAUGUCUACUUUACGGGAGAUUGAUACAUUAAUUGGAACUAUCGAUGAACUAGCAGCUAGCUUCCAGAGCAAUGAUGUUGGGAAUCAUUUGAUUGCUGUAGAAGACCUUUUGCAGAUUCACGCCCUCAGCGAGCUCCAAGUCAACUCCAUCGGUGAAGCUCAAAGGAAACUGCACAGGCAAUCGCAGAAUUUCCUCAACUCUGGCCACAAGGAAGCGCCAGUUCUGCAGAAACAACUGAAACAGUUUGAUGCGGCGUACACACGACUCCAGGAGCAAAUGGCUCAGAGGAGGACCCGUCUUGAAGACGCCAGGACUUUCUUUCAAUUCAUUCAAGACCACGAAGAAGAAGAGGGGUGGAUUAUUGAGAAGGGUAGAAUUUGCCAGGCAGAGGUGACUGCCAAGGACCUGCGAGCUGUCCUCAGCCUGCAGCAAAAACACAAAGCCCUGCAGGCUGAACUGAAAGCCAGGAGGCCUAAAUCUGAGCAGUUGGUUUCGGCUGGCAAAAGAUUGGUCGCUGACAAGCAUCCAAUGAGCUCAGAAAUUGUUUCAAGGACAGAAGCACUACAUGAGUUGUGGAGCAACUUAGAGCAGCUUGCUGCCUUAAAAAGUGCCAAAUUGGAGGACGCAGCCAAAGCAUACCAGUUUUACGCUGAUGCAAACGAAGCUGAGUCAUGGUUGAAAGAAAGGCAGGCGCUGGUUGAAUCAAGGGACUUGGGCCAAGAUGAGCCAAGUGCUCAAGCACUGCUUCAGAGACACAAAGACCUUGAGGGAGAACUUAGCUCCUAUCAGGGUGAUGUUGACACUCUCAAUGCUCAGGCUGAUGCUCUUUUAAGCGCAGGGAUCACAAAAUUAGAGCUGUUGAUGCCAAGUGAAAUGGAGCCUGAGAAAAUCGUAGAAGAGUGGACUCAAGAAGUGAGAACUGUGCCACAAGAGGUCUGGGUGGAGGAAGAGAUUGAGAAAGUCGAGCCCAAGACUAUCAUUGAGCAACGUUCAGUACCUCAAGUAAAAGCCUUGUACCCAUUCAGUGGUCAGGGAAUGUCCAUGGUCAAAGGAGAACUGAUGUUUCUUCUGGAGAAAACAAACAGUGACUGGUGGCAUGUGCGCAGAGCUGGAGGUCAAGAUGGAUUUGUACCAGCGAAUUAUGUUCAGGAGGUCGAACCUAAAGUCAUUCAGGUUCAAGUAAGACGGCCUGAAAAAGUAAAAGUGAAGCAAAAGGUCAAGAAAAUUCAAAUGGUCCAGCAGACUGUGCCUGUGAGAAAGCAAGUCAAGCAGCCUCCUCGUCCCAAAAGACGGUCGUCAGUUGAAGACGCAGGUGUUGAAAAGAGACAGAAAAAGAUCAAUGACACUUACGACAACCUCAAAGAGCAAGCCAAAAGGCGGAGAACGUUGCUUGAAGAUGCCAUUAGACUGUAUGGAUUCUACAGAGAGUGCGACUCUUUUGAGAAGUGGAUGAAGGAUUGCGAGAAAAUGCUCAAGAGUGAAGAGCCAUCAGAUAAUGUGGAUGCUGCCCGAAGGCAAUAUGAGAAGUUCCUCACAGACAUGAGUGCCAGCGGUCGCAGGCUAGAAGACAUUGACAAGGCUGUCAAGGAAUUUGCAGCUCAAGGCCACAACAGUUUGGCUGAAAUCAAAGCACGGCAAAGGCAGAUCCAUUCAUUGUGGGACCAUCUGAACAAGCUUAGAGCUGAGCGUGAGAAGAGUUUAGAAGGAGCAUCCAGCGUAGAGCUCUUCAGGCGUACUUGCGAGGAAGCCAAAGACUGGAUGGUUGAGAAAAUGACUCAGCUAGACUCUGAUGAGCUAGGUCCGGAUCUGAAAACUGUUCAGGCUCUGCAGAGGCGUCAUGGCAACCUUGAACGAGAGCUGGCGCCAGUGCAGGACAAGGUCGAGCGAGUCAACCUUUUAGCGGCCUCUGUUAAAAAUAACUACCCUAACGAGAAGGACAAUGUUAACGCCAAACAAAAAGAAAUCCAAAACCUCUGGGAGAAGGUCAAGACAAAGGCGUUAGAGAGGCGCACUCGCCUAGAAGAUGCUGUUGGUCAGCAGAUUUUCAUCAACAGUUCCAAGAGUCUGCUUGGCUGGCUCAGUGGCACCAAAGAGAAGCUGAAAGCAGAGGAACCCGCCAAGGAUGUUCAGACUGCUCAAAAUUUGAUAAAGGAGCACAAAGAUAUGAUGGACGAUAUUCAAGCUCACAAGGAUGAGUUUGUUGAGGUUUGCAAGUUGGGAAGGCAGCUCAUGGCAAGACCGAAUAGCGAGAGGGCUUUAAUUCAGGACUACAUUGCCAGACUGAAUGAAGGUCUUUCUGGAGUUCAAGAUGAUUGGGCUGCAAAGCAAACUCGACUUGAGCAAGGGCUGGCAUUGGCCCAGUUUAACAGAGAGGCUGACCAGAUUGACGCCAACACGAAAAGCCAUGAAGAGUUCCUUAAGUUUCCUCAACUUGGAGGAAACAUUGAUGAUGUUGAGGCUUUGCUGAGGCAACAUGAGGACUUUGAAAACAAAUUGACUGCCCAAGAGGAACGUCUCAAAAAUUUUGUUACUUCAGCAGAAAAACUGGUUGAUGGAAACCAUUAUGACAAGGAUUACAUCAAAAACAGAAAAGAUGCAGUAAUAGCCAGACGAGCGAAAGUCAAACAACUUGCCAAUGAGAGGAGGGAAGCUCUAUUGGCAUCCAGGAGGUUCCAGCAGUUCUCUGGCGACGCUGACGAGCUCCGUGGUUGGCUAAAGGACAAGCUCAAGACCGCAACAGACGAAAACUUCCGAGAGUUAGCUAACUUGGAACGCAAGCUUCAAAAGCACGAGGCGUUUGAAAGGGAACUCCGCUCCAACCACAAUCGCAUUAGAGACCUUAAGAAAACAGGGGAUGCCUUGAUUUCGGAAAAGAACUACAGAUCUGCCGAUGUUAAGGAUGUUCUUUCAGAGCUUAAUCAAAAGUGGGACGAACUGACAAAGAUCUCGGCAGACAAGGGACGCAAGUUAAGACAAGCAGCUGCCCAGCACAGUUACAAUAGAACUCUUGAAGACGCCAAAACUCAUUUAGACAAGAUUGAAAGUAGCCUGUGUUCGCAAGAACUAGGCACUGAUCUACGAAGCUGCAAGGAGUUGCUGAAGAAACACCAGGCGGUGGAGACUGAAAUAUCUCAAUGGGAAGGAAAGCUUGCUGAAGUGAGCAAUUUGGGACAAGAAAUGGCCCACGAAGGUCAUUUUGAUGCUGACAACAUUUUGAAAGCAAGCAAAAAAUGCGCAAGCAGACUAGAAGCGCUAAAGGAGCCCGCCAAAAAGCGCAGACAAGAGCUAGAAGAAAGUCUCAAAUACCACAAAUUCAAGUUUGAACUUGAUGCUGAGAGACAGUGGAUUCAGGAGCAUUUGGCUUCGGCAAACGCGCAACCCUCUGUCGGAAGUCUGUAUGAAGCUCAGAGUGCACACAAGAAGCACGCAAAGUUGACUGCUGAAGUGUCAGGUCAUGGCCCCCACAUUGAGAAGACCUUGGCCUCUGGAGCUGUUCUAUCUCAACAGCCUCAUCCCGAAGCAGCCAAAGUUGGAGAGCUUUGCGCUGAACUAUCUUCUUUGUGGGGGAAGCUUAAUGAGCAAACAGUCAAGCGCGGCCGUGAACUGGAUUUGGCCCUGAAAGCCCAGCAGUACUUGUUUGAGGUGCAAGAGGUCGAAAAUUGGCUAUCUGAAAAGGCCGACAUGCUAGGCUCCACGGACUUUGGCCGGGACAGAGAUGCCACAACCAAGCUACUCACAAAACAUAAAGCUUUGGAGCUGCAGCUAGACUCAUAUGAUGGUAUCAUCAACGAAAUGUCAAGAACCGCCGGUGCCAUGGUCUCAGCAAAUCACCCAGACUCUAAAAUUUUAAAGGAGAGGCAAGCUGCGCUAACUAGGCAGCUGCAACUUUUGAUGAAGCAAGCCAGAGCGAGACAAAGCAAGUUGGUGGAAUCUUUGUGUGUCCAUGAGUACUUUGCGGAAAGCGCGGAGUUUGAGCAAUAUGUUAGAGACAAUGAGCAAAAUGCUCUCUCUGAAGACUACGGAUCAGAUUAUGAACACUUGCUGCUCCUGCAAGCUCGAUUUGAUGAUUUCCGACACCGCAUUCAGGGAGGCGCUGAAAGAUUUAAGUUCUGUGAAGAACUUGCUCGCAAACUGAAACUGGCUGAAGGUCCUGUGGCUACUGAUGUAGAAAACAAGCAAACGCAACUAAGCGAUGCAUGGAGCCGUCUCCUAUCUUUGAUUGAAACAAGAGAGCAGAAAUUGGCUGCAGCUGGCGAGAUUCAUAGAUUCCACCGAGAUGUGGCUGAAGCGCUAGCCAGAAUCCAGGAAAAAUCAGCAGCAAUUCCUGAAGAUAAAGGAAAGGACUUGAAUUCCGUUUUGGCCCUCAUCAGGAGGCAUGAAGGCUUUGAGAACGACCUUGUUGCUUUGGAGGCACAGCUCCAAGUGCUUGUUGAAGACGCGGCUCGACUAACUGCUCUCUAUCCUGGAAGCAACGCCAAACACAUUUCUGACCAGCAAGCAAUUGUCAUCGAAUCAUGGAACGAUUUGCAGAACCAGAGUUUGGCUCGUAGAGAAGAACUUGGAGCCGCAUGUGACCUACAAAGGUUCCUCACUCAAGCUCGCUCUCUUAUGGGAUGGUCCACUGGACUUCGUGCCACUUUGCUGGCUGAAGAACGAGUGAGUGAUGCUGCUGGAGCUCAGUCCCUUAAAGCACAACAUGAAGCAAUCAAGUCUGAAAUUGAGGCCAGGGAAGAAAACUUCAGGGCAAUAGUAGAAACUGGAGAAGCCCUUGCUCAAGGUGGACAUAGUCAAGCUCAAGAAAUCCAAGAUAGGCUUCAAGCCCUACUCGAGGAACGCCAAAAGCUACACACAGCGUGGCAGCAAAAGAAGGUGUAUCUUGAUCAGCUCAUUGACCUCCACUUCUUCCUCAGAGAUGCAAAGCAACUUGAAACUCUGAGCUCAGCCCAAGAGGUGGCACUCCAAAGCUCCGAAACUGAUGGCUCAGUAGAAGAAGUAUCUAGUGCUGCAAAGAAACAUGAAGCGUUUGAGAAACUGCUUGCAGCUCAGGAAGAUAAAUUUGCGUCAUUGAACGACCACUGCCAGAAACUCACUGCACAGAAUCACUUUGACAGUGAAAACAUUGGCAGCCGGCUCAAUACUGUUUUGGCUAAAAGGGAGAAAGUUAAGGAUCUUAGUGCCGACAAAAAGCUCAGGCUCCAAGAGGCUCUACUUCACGCCCAAUUUGUCAGAGAUGCUAAUGAGGCUGAAACUUGGAUUGCUGAAAAAAUGAAGGCUCUUGAAACUCAGGCCAACUUGACACAAGUGCCUGAUCUAGAGACUAAAAUCAAGAGACUGCAAAAACACCAAGCGUUCCAAUCUGAGCUUAAGCAGCAUCAAACGCAGAUUAAUUCUAUUACAAAUAAUGCCAAUACUUUGAUGCAAAGAAAACACAAGCAUGCCAGAGAUGUGAGAGCCCAGCUGGAUGGCCUGCUUAGCAAGUGGAAAGCUCUCUUGCAAGAGGCAGCCAACCAAGGUAGAGGCCUUGAAGAAGCGCAGGACAUUCUGGAAUUCAAUCUCCAGAGUGACAAGAUUGAGGCCUGGAUAAGAGACAAGGAGUUGCUAGUGAGCGCACAAGACACUGGCAGGGAUUACGAACACUGUGCUUCACUGCAGCGGAGACUAGAUGACGUCGACUCUGGCAUGAAGAUGGAUGAUGAACGACUCAAGAAUGUCAGCCAGCUUGCAGAUAAGAUCGUUGCCCAAGGCGCCUCACAAACCACACCCAUCAAACAACGAAAAGACCAGCUUAUCGCCAAGUGGAAGGGUCUUCAAGGAGCCCUUGGUCAGUUCCGAUCAAGACUCAGUGACGCUCUGGAAGUGCACGCUCUUGCCAGAGACGUUGCUGACACAGUGGCACGAAUCAAUGAAAAAUCCGCCCUGCUCAGUCUGAGUUCCUCCACCGCAGACACCGCUUCACUGCAGGCAACCGAGUUGAGAAAGAGAAAGCACCAGGCACUGCUCAGAGAUGUCUCUGCGAUUGAGGCAAAGAAGAAGGAACAUGAAAGCGAGGGGCGAAGACUGUCCAAUAAGUUCCCUGAACAUGCAGGCACAGUUCGAACACACCUUUCCACGCUAGAGUCUGCUUGGGAGGAACUGCAGUCUAAGCUGAGCGAGAGCCAGUCGCAACUUGAGGCAGCAUUGACCAAGCACCAGUUCCACUCUCAGCUGAGGGAUCUGGAAGCUUGGGCCGCACACAUGGCCAAAGACUUUGACACUGAUGAACUCCCACAAAACACUGCUACCGCUGAGAACUUAUUGCAGCAACACAAUGACAGAAAGGCUGAAAUUGAUGGCCGCCAAGAAGCGUUCCGCAGUCUGCGAGAGUUUGGCCAAAAGCUUGGAAUUGAUGAAGAACUGCCGCAUAUUGAAGAAGUCCGCCUCAGCUUGAGCUCUGCUUGGGAAGCACGGCGGCUGAGAUUGCAGGAAGCUCUUCAACUGCAGAAGUUCAAGGAAAUGGCUGAACAUGCCGAAUCUUGGCUCGCCAGCAAAGAAGCCUUUUUGGCCUAUGACGAUCUUGGGGACUCACUCGCUAGUGUUGAGGCACUCCUCAGAAAACAUGAGGCGUUUGAGAAAACUCUGAUCGCGCAGGUGGCCAAAGUCUCUGAACUAGAAAAACUUGCGAGAGACAUGAGCACUGCUAGCCACUUUGACUCAGAUGCUGUGCAGCAGAGAGUCCAAACUGUUUGCAAGAGGAGAGAAAAAUUGUGUGAAGCUGCAGCACUAAGGAAGAAACGACUCCUAGAGUCUAAAGACUUGCAGAUGUUCCUUAGAAGUUUGUAUGAAGUCGACAGUUGGCUCAACCAGAAGUUGCAGGUUGCGGGCGAUGGAAAUUACCUUGACCAGGUCAACUUGACCAGCAAGAUACAAAGACACCAAGCGUUUGAAGCAGAGCUUGCUGCCAACAAAGAUGGUUUAGCUUCAGUUUCAAGAGAGGGAGAGGCACUGGUGGCUCAGGGCCAUUUCGCCUCAAUGGAAAUUCAGAGUCAGCUGGCGGAAUUGGACGCCAAGUGGAGACGCCUCUUAGCAGAAUCAGAGCUGAAGCGAACUCGACUGAGAGAGGCUUAUCAGGCUUUGUUAUUUGGCCGCUCACUUGGUGAGCUUGAAACAUGGCUGGAAGAUUUUGAAGUACAGCUGCAGAGUGAAGACCAUGGAAGUGAUCUUAGUGCAGUCAACGCACUGGUGAGAAAGCAUGCUGCCCUCACCCAAGACUACUGGGCCAAAAGCAAUGACCUGGCUGAAUUGAAAGCCAACCCCCAGCACGCUGCCUUGCUAAGAGACAGUCAUGUGGCAGAAAAUUUGACUGGAAGAGUUGAAGCUCUAAAUUCAAGAUUCACUGCGCUCCAAGACUCGCUGCAAAUAAGGAAAGAAAACUUGGAUGACUCACAGUCUCUACAUCAGCUUUUGAGAGAUAUUGAUGAACAAAUUGUUUGGCUGAAUGAAAAGACGCCCCUGGCGUCUUCAGAGGAGCUUGGUUCAAGCUUGGACGAAGUGAAGGCUCUUCAAAGAAAGCAUCAAGCAUUGGAUGCUGAGGUUGCAUUCAGGGAACAAUUGAUUAGAGGAAUGGCCUCUCGUGGCCAAUCCCUUGUCAAAGGUGGUCACUUUGCCAGCCCGCAGAUUGAAAAGGCAGUCUCCAUUCUGCAAGACGGACUAAACCAGCUUAAGGAUGCUGCUAGUUUGAGGAAACUUAGACUUCAGGACGCACUGGAAGCCCAAAUGUUCUACUCAAGAGCCUCUGAGGUUGAGCAAUGGGUCAAAGAAAAAUUGCCCCUCGCGACUUCAGCUGACCUGGGUAAAGACGAGGAUGCUGUCGAUUCAAAUCUUAAGAAGUUGGAAGCCUUACUUAGAGACAUCCAUGAAUACACUGAUUCUGUCAACAAUUUGGACAAGCUUGGAGUUGCUCUACUUGAAAGAAAUCAUUUUGAUGAAGAUAACAUCAAGCUGCGAACACAGCAGAUUCAGAACAAAUUCGAGGAUUUGAGAAACAAAGCUGUGCAAAGACAGAAACUUCUUGAAUCUGCCAAGGUGGCCCAUCAGUUCCUUAGGGAAGCUAAUGACUUGGAGGAGUUCUUGAAUGAACAAAUGCAAAUUGCUGCCUCGGAGGAGUAUGGCAAUGACAUCGAGCAUGUAGAGCUGCUCAUCCAAAAGUUUGAAUCCUUCCUUUCAAACCUGCAUGCCGAAGAGGCUAGAGUUGCAUCUUUAAACAACGCUGCCAAGAAAGGACUCUCAAAGUCUGCCAAUAAUGCUGAUCGUGCCAAAGUUGAAGCUAAGCUUGACGAAGUUUUGACUCUUUACCAGGAUUUGAAGGAACUCGCAGCUGCCCGCCAGGAAGCAUUGGCUGGCGCUAAACAAGUUCAUAUCUUUGAUCGGACAGCCGAUGAGACCAUUGCAUGGGCCCAGGAGAAGACAUCUGCCAUGUAUGCCGAAGGCUAUGGCCAUGACCUUGAGUCAAUCCAAGCUCUGGUGCGGAAACAUCAAGGAUACGAAAGGGACAUGGAGGCGUUGAAAUCGCAAGUUGACACGGUCAACACUGAGGCCUCUAGGUUAAGUGCACUCUUCCCUGACGCCAAAGAGCACAUUGAUGCCAAAAAAGAAGAGCUGAACGACGCGUUCAUUGAACUUCAGACAGAGGCAAAGCUCCGCUGUGAAAAACUGCAACAGGCUGAAAAACUCCAAGCCUAUUUCGAUGAAUACAGAGACCUAAUGGCAUGGAUCAAUGAAAUGAUGGCAAAGAUUACCUCGCCAGACCUUGCCAGUGAUGUCCCAGGAGCCGAGUUGCUUAUUUCUAGGCACGAGGAAUACCAGCAAGAAAUGGGAUCUAGAAAUGACGCUUUUGCUGACUUCAUUGACACUGGAAAUAAGCUAAUUGAACAAGGACAUUUCCUCUCAAGUGAGAUCAGAGAAAGACUGUCAGUUUUGGAGUCAAGGAGGAAAUUGUUGACAGAAACCUGGGCCAGGCGCAAGUACAUUUAUGAUCAGAAUUUGGACACACAGAUAUUCAAACGGGAUGCAGAAGUGUGCGAAUCAUGGCUUAACGCUCGUGAGCCUGUCCUUAAUGACCCUGACCUAGGAGAAUCUAUUCCUGAAGUGGAAGAACUUAUUAGAAAGCAUGAAGACUUUGAGAAAACUGUUGAGGCUCAAGAGGAAAAAUUCAAUGCGCUCAGAAGGAUUACUUUGUUGGAGCAAGAAUUUACCAAGCAGAAAGAGGCAGAAGAGGAAGCGAAAAAGGCAGAGAAAGAACGGGCUGAGAAGGAACGACAAGAGUCGAGAAAGAGGGCUGAAAUCCAGAAAAUCACAGAACAGAGAAGGAAAGAAGACGAUAGGAGACGCGCUCAAGAAAUGCGAAAUGGUCAAGAUCACUAUCCACCUGUCAUUAAUGAGCCAAGCCAAGAGUCCAGUGGAUUUGGCUUGAGCAAGAGUGGCAGCUUCACUCAACUGUUCAACCAACGCAGGGCUACAGAUUUUGGUCUUGGUUUAGAGCCUCAUUCUCGGUUUGAAUUUCGCUAUCGGUUCGGGUCUGACCGAGUCAAACCGUCUUCAGAUAUCAAGCGAGCAGAGAGUAUGAAAGUAGAGAAGAAGGCUACCCCAGUGCGCAGAGUUCCCAGUUUCACCACCAGAAGAAGGACACAGAGCUUCAGGAGACCAGGGGCUGUUGAUAGCCCUGGACCAGGACCGGAAAACUUGCCACCUGUUGAGAUCCGUGGCAUAUUGGACAGAAAACACGAACUCAUGAGCGGUGGCAAGAGAGCUGCUAUUCGGUCAUGGAAGUCCUUCUACACAGUGUUAUGCGGCCAACUGCUUUGCUUCUUCAAGGACUUGGAUGACUUUGUCCAGAGCAAAGCAGCCGCUUCGCCCAUAAUCAUCUACAAGGCAAAGUGUGACAAGGCAGAAGACUACACCAAGAAAAAGCAUGUAUUUAGGCUGAGUGGUGCUGAUGGUUCCGAAUACCUGUUCCUUGCCAGCACUCAAAGCGAAAUGGAGGACUGGAUCAACAAAAUCAAUUUCCACGCAGAGCUGCCGCCUAAUUUACAACUCCUCAGCUAUGAAGAGUCUGGAAAGUCUCCUGGUGGGCGCCGCAUGUCGGUGGACUCUCAACAAAGUGCCGCUACCACUGGAGACGCAAGCAGCUCUGAAGAUGAGGUCGAUCACCACCACUUACAGCAAUCGUCAAGCAACAAUCUUCAUCCUCCAUCACACAGACUGCAGCCACCAUCAGAGAAGCCCCCUGUGCCUCCAAGGGGCCCGUCGACGCAAAGAAGCUCAGGUGAAUGGUCCCAACGAAGCACACUCCCAGCGUCUUACAGGCCAGAUGGUAGCUACGCUCCUGAACCAUCGCCAAGGUCGUCGCUCAAUUCCAGUCAUGACGAUGUGUGGUUGAGGAAAGAGGAAGGAGCAUUUGCACCACCUUUGCCAUCAUCUUUGCCUCCACCUCCUGCCAGUCGUCAGCCUUACCAGGCAGCCUACAACGUGUACGGAAAUCUCCCCCAAGGCCGCCCCACCAGUGUACCUGCCUUUCCACCCAACCUGAACAUCCCAGGCCAAAGUUCUUCGAGAACAUCUGUGUCUGAAUAUCCGCCUUCUGAAAAUGGAGACUCGUCAGGCAAAAAGUCGGAAAAGAAGCAAAACGUUCUGUCGAGCUUAUUCCGGAAGAAAAAGGCAACUCACCUCUAAGAAUGGAUACCUCUUAAUUAUUUCUGUUUUGAUUCAGUCAUUCUACAAUCACUUGAUUAGCUCACAUCUCUCAUUUAUAUAGGUAUAAAUAAAAUACAGUAUUUCUAUAUUCAGUAUCACACACCAAGAACUAGCUUUUGUGUACUAUAAUUUAAUAAAAGUAUGGAGAAGAAUUCGUUUUCUGUCUAACAAGUAACGAAUCGUCGAGAGUCGAAUUGCAUGCUUUGUGUUUACAUAAAAUAUAAUAAGCUACUACUGAAAUGUAUUAUUACCUAUAGAAAGUGUUUAAUUUAUUGUUAAAGAAACUCCCUAUUGUUUGCUUAAAUUUUAGUGGCCAUAUUUUCCAUUAUAUAUGUUCUUGACUACGUUCUUUAUAAUUGUAUGUAGUAAUUCAGAAUGAAUCUUUUCCUCAUUCAAGGGUAGUUGGGAUCAAAUAAAUUUAGUAGACCCCACCAGAAAUUUUACAAGGGACCCAAUGUGUAAAAGUUUUACAGUGUACUUGAGCAUAACACAUUAUAUUCACUGGAAAUAAAUUGCAUAUUAUAUACAUACAGA